UACGGAGGAGUAAUUACUCUUUCAGGAAUGGAAUGAAGGCCUCUCUCUCUCUCUCUCUCUUUAAGUAAUAAGAUCAGCCAACUCUCACACAUUCUUCUUUCUUCUUCUUAUCAUCAUCCAUUUUUGAUUUCUUCGAUGAUGAUGGAGGAUUUCGAUCUUGAAAAUCCUCUUGGCCUGCAUCUAAUUAACCACCACCACCACCACCAAAUCUCUUCUCUUUUCGACAUCGAAUCAGAUCACAUGCCACCCCAUGACUAUUUACAGAAUCUUCAAAUCUCAGAGGCCGAUAACAACGUCCACGACUCUGUUCGUCACGAAGCAGUCUCUCUAAUCAUGACCCAUUUCUCUUUUCGAUUCACUCCUCCUUAUCUUUCUUAUCUCGCCAUUACUUAUCUAGACCGAUUCCUCUCCGCUCAAGGCAUUCCGGAAAGGAAACCAUGGUUAUCUCGGAUUCUCGCUAUUUCAUGUGUUUCAUUGGCAUUGAAGAUGAUGGGAGGAACAUCAUCAUCAGACCUCUCUUCUUCUUCUUCCUCCUCCUCCGUUGAUAUGCAGAAUGAUGACGAAGGAGGAGGAGGAGGAGGAGGAGGAGGAGAGAUUAUAUUCGAGAGAAAAUCGAUACAUCGGAUGGAGUUGUUGAUUCUGGGAGUUCUGAAAUGGAGAAUGCGCUCUGUUACGCCUUUCUCUUUCAUCAAUUUCUUCGUCUCUCUCUUCAAAUUCAGGGAUCCUCCAUUAACACAGGCACUCAAAGCUCGUGCAAAUCAUAUCAUACUCAAACUUCAAGCUGACGUGAGUUUGUUAGAGUAUAAACCAUCCAUAAUGGCGGCCUCUUCUCUUCUCUCUGCCUGUCACACGCUAUUUCCAUUGCAGUUUGCUUGCUUUAAGAAGGCCAUCUCGAACUGUUCAAACGUGGAUCAGGAUGAACUGGUUAGGUGUCACGAUUUAGUGGAAGAGAUUGUGAUGGAGGAAUAUGAAUGCAUUAUGGACAACAGGGUCUGUAGAAGCUCCAUCACGGCGGUGAACGUUCUUGAUCGGAAAUGGUCCAGCUCUAGCUCCGGCGACACAACAACGCUACUGGGAGUGGGAGGAGGUGAUGAAAUUAUAAGCAUAACAACAACGCCGGCGCCGGCGACGGAAACACUGAGAGAGUCGAAGCGUCGAAAGACUGACUGUCGUCGUCGAUAA